GGCGGCGGAAGGUCUCCCUGACUGGCGACCUGGGUGGGAUGAGGGAAAGCUUUUUAUUAUUAUUAUUAAUAAUAAUAAUAAUUUAUUUGGGAGAGGAGGGGGAAAUGGCGCCUUUUCGACUCGGCUACCCCAGGCUCGUCAAGUGCGGAGUCCCCCAGUUGUCCAAUUAGGAGCUCCGGCUUUCUUGCCUGCCUGUUUUCCGUCACCUCGGGCGGGCGGCGACCCACCAGAAGUGGCUCGAGACCCGGACGACCCACCUUUCCUGGAGACGGGAACCGGGCCUGUCGUCCGCCAACGCCCGGGUUUCCUUUCCCUCCGAACGCCAUAGAACCCUCCGCCUUUCUACGUUGCUCCCCACUUUUUCCCAAAUUGGUGGCUUCUAGGAUACCGACAACAGCAGCAACAAGGAUGCCGAACUAUAAGACCCAUCAUCCCCAGCCAGCACUGGGGCGUGCCGAUGGCGGAGAGAGGAGGCAUUGUACGUUGCUACUUACCUAGGGAAUUCUACCCGUCGCCACGCUACGGUAGUCCCUUCUCUGCAGGGGAAGAUAAUCUGCGAGGAACACAAAUCAAUGCUUGUUUGACUAUUAGUGCUGGAUUCAUUCUGAGUUGAUUGUGGAUAUCCAUAACUGAUGGAACCAUGGAGAGUAUUACAAAACUAUUUGGUGACUUGUGUGAGGCUCACAUAGUAUCUGUGUCAACAAAGUUCCAUUUGAACAAAAGAAAGAGCAGCAAAAAAAUUUCAAGGAAAAGUCUCAAAAAGAUUGUAUAUAAUACUUUGUUUGCUAAUCUUUUUCUGGAUGAAACCCACAAAGUUCCUCAGUCAAAUUUUUCUAGACUCCCUGUGAAAAACAAAAUAUUAAUGCUGUCUUUCAAUUUGAGAGUUGCUGGACUGAGCUUAGAAGCAGACAGGCUGGAGCAACUUGUAGAGGAAUUAGAAAAGUCUACUUGCUUACCAUUUACUGAAAUUACUUCUAUUUUGGAUUUUCUGGUACAGCUUGCAGGAACUGGGCCUCCUCAUUGUUCACCCCUCAAAAAGGAUUAUUUCGUGAAUAACAAAUAUGUAGGAAGAAACACUAAAUAUCAAGGUUAUGAUUAUUAUGACGUUAGCAUAUUUGAAGCAGACGUGCAGGCUUUUAUUGCAAAUGAAGAACUUCAAUGUAAUGAUACAAUUCAAAAGACCUUGCAAAUUAUGGAGGCAGCACCUGGUACAGGUCUUCCUAUGGUGGAACUGUUUUCACAGAAUUGUUCAAUGGGGGACAGAUAUGAGAGAGAAACUCGGGUCUCGCUCUUUGGUGCUCUCAUUCACAGUCGUACAUAUGAUAUGGACAUCAAGUUGGAUUUGCCACCAGUGCCUGACAAUGCAGAUCUGUCUGGACUUGCAAUCAAGGUUCCCCAAAGUAUUGAUCCUUCUGAAGAUGAAGGAUUCCAGUCAGCAUCCAAUCUUACUCCAGACUCUCAAUCAGAACCCAGUGUGACACCAGAUCUUGAUCUCUGGGAGGCAGCACUUACUUAUGGACCUAGUAAACGACGGUGCUGGGAAAGAAUUGGAUUUCCACCUGGGAAAAAAGAGGAGCCAUAUCUUUCAGAAGCUGGAAGAGAAGCCUUUGACAAAUUUUGCAGACUUCGAGAACAAGAACUGCAACUUUUCAGCAGUACUAAAUUUCAGUUACCACAGCGUGUAUUAGUAAAAGAACCAGAAAUUGUUAAAGAUGUGUUAAAUGUUCUUAUUGGAGUUGUAUCCACUUCCUUCUCAUUUAAUCAGGCAGUUCAGAUAUUUGUAGUGAAACAAGGCAUUUAUGUAUCUGGAACCUCACCUGAAAGUAUGAACUGUCUACUGUCAGAAGUGGCUGAAUAUGGAACUUAUUACACACGACUGAGCCGUUUUUCUGUUCAACCAGUCCUGGACUCCUCAUACAAAAAAGGGCUUGUAUUUCAGGCAUUCACAAGUGGACUGAGGAAAUACUUACAGUACUACCGAGCGUGUGUUUUGUCCACUCCCCCGACUUUAACUCUUCUAACAAUCAGCUUUCUCUUCCGAAAACUAGGACGACAGCUAAGGUAUUUGGCUGAACUCUGUGGCAUAGGAACGACUGCUGUGGGAGCUGGUGGAGGCACCAGUGCUUCCUUUCCAACUGGAGUUAAGCUUCUUUCAUAUCUCUACCAAGAGACUCUUAAUAACUGCAGCAGUGAACAUUAUCCAGUUCUCCUGUCCCUACUGAAAACAAGCUGUGAACCGUACACAAGAUUUAUCCACGACUGGGUGUAUAGUGGUGUAUUCAGAGAUGUGUAUGGUGAAUUCAUGAUUCAGGUGAAUGAAGAUUAUCUUGGCUUUAGAGACAAGCAUUACUGGACCCAUGGAUAUGUUUUGAUUUCUAAAGAAGUAGAAGAUUGUGUUCCUGUAUUCUUGAAACAUAUUGCUAAUGAUGUAUAUAUUUGUGGGAAAACUAUAAACUUACUGAAGCUGUGUUGUCCCAGGCACUACAUAUGCUGGUCUGAUAUUCCUGUUCCUCGGAUUUCAGUAACCUUCUCCCUGGAUGAGUUAAAAGAGAUUGAGAAAGAUUGUGCAGUCUAUGUAGGUCGAAUGGAAAGAAUUGCUCGCUAUAGUACCAUCAGCAAGGAAGAAAAGGUUUUGCGCAUGGAAAUUGAGAAACAGGAGUUAAUUGCUCAUGCUCGAGAAACGGCUAGCAAAGCUCUCAAAGCCAUUACUGAUCAACAGAUAUCAGAAAAAAUGGCACUGGAUGUAAAAAAAUGUGAACAAUUUCAGAAGUUGAAAGAACAAUUUAUAAAAGAUCAAGAGCGUCGACGUACUCUGAAACAAGAAGAAAUUGAUGAUGAUUUUAGUUAUGCUCGGGAACUCAGAGAGAGGGAGAAGAGAUUGAAAGCUUUAGAAGAAGAUUUAGAGAAAAGGGCAAGACAAGAGUUAAUUGACCGUUAUACUAAGCUGUCUGAAGAUGCAGCUCGUAGAGAAAAAAAAGCUUUAUGGAGAAUUCAGAGGCAUAAACUGGAAGCAGCCCGUCUCAAUUUUCUGUCAAAAGAUCAAAAACAUAUUGAGGACAUGCUUGAAAAACUCCCUGGUGGAAAGUACAGGAAAAAAGUAAAUAUAAUUCCAGAAGACCAAAGUCAACAGGUUAUGCUGGCUGUAGGCCAAGGGAGAGAUGCUGAUCUUCAGGUAACUUCUUUAGAGUCUGACCAUCAAAAGAUUAUGGACAUGGGGAGAGAUACAAAAUCUGAACUGACAAAUUACAUUUCAAAUGAUCAGUCAUUGGAAUUAAAACAGCCCCUAAAUGUGCAGCCUACGGACUGCUCUGAAUCAGAAGAAGCAGAAGUUGCUUCUCAAAGUGCCUGUAGUGAUCAGAUGGCAACACUUUCAAAGGGUAUGUCUGAGCUUGGUCUGAAUUUUGAAGAUUUUUUGCCAAAACCUCAGGAAGAAAUACUCCAAACAACGCAACAGACAAACCUAUUGGAUGAAGCUUUGGAAAGUAUCAAUUCAGAUCUUUCCUUAAGUGAUCAAAGAAAGGAAAGUAAUUCUCUGCCAAAAGAGGCUAUAGAAGGAGAAACAGUCUUCCAUGCUUCUCUGGAAAAUGAAUAUGACUUUAACACUGUUCUCAGGCCUUCGGUUUCACAAAGCCACAUUCAGGUUGGUGAAAAUGUGUUCAAUGUUGAAAGCAGGAGACCUCGGUGGAACAUUCAUGGCCACAUAUCUGAUGCGAGUAUUAAAAUAGGAGGCUACAUUCCUCAUACUGAACUCUCCCAACCACAUUUAAAUCCACAUGGGCAUUCCUCAGAUGCACACAUCAAGGUUGGAGAAUAUGCUUCUGAAGUACGGCCUCACCGGCCUCGCUGGAACAUCCAUGGGCAUAUUUCCAUAGCUCAUAUUCCUGUUGGAGAAUAUGCCUCUGAGGUAGAGCUCUCGAGACCUAGGUGGAAUAUUCAUGGUCAUGCUUCAGAUGCUAAUAUAAAGAUCGGUGAAUAUGUGCCAAAGGUAGAAGCCACAAGAACUCGAUGGAAUAUUCAGGGGGACAUUUUGGAUACCAAUAUCUGUACUGGGGAAAAUGUUUCCGAAAGUCUAACUUCUCGACCUCGGUGGAAUGUCCAUGGCCAUGCCUCUGAGUCACAUUUUAAAGUUGGAGAGCUGGUUUCGGAUUCUGAGAGUUCAAAGCCUCGAUGGAGUGCCUUCGGUCAUGCAUCCCAGUCCAGUAUUCAACUGGGGGAAUGGACUCCUUCAACUGACAGUGAUCCAUUACCUCAUCUUAAAGCAGGUUUUGGUCCUGCAUCAAGUUGUACAGUACAGAUGUCUCUAUAUAAUGGGGGAUUCUCUGAUGGGAAAGGAGAAAAACCAGAAACAAGACCACCUGAUCUUGGAUUGGCUAACUUGGAUAAAACGCAAGAAGAAAGCUUUGGGGAAGAAGAACAAGUGGUCAUCCAAGAUGAUAUUGAAGAUCUUCAGCCUUUCCUGGUAGAAGAACCUGAAAAAUCAACCUCAUUGUGUGUUGUGACUCAGCAAAUUUCUGUCUCUGAGGUUAUUGUGCCUGAAAACCAGGAAGGAGGAAGCACCAGUAUUGCUAUGUGGAAGAAAGAAGAUGAUUACCUGCAAGCUUUAUCUAAUCAAUAUUGCCUGGAAAAAUAUCAGGAUCAAUAUGAAUUUAUGUCCGAGCUUCCAGUUUCCCAUCUCUUACAUCACAUGAUCCCCAGAUCCUACACUUUCCCUGUGGAUCCCUCAAAACAAUCUGCAACAGAUGAAACAGCUGUACAACUAAGUGAGCUCUUAUCACUUCCAGUACUGAUGAAACGGUCAAUCACUACCCCCUUAGUUUCUCAUGUUUCCCUUGUGAACAAAGCCAUUGUGGAUUAUUAUUUUGUGGAAUUGAAUGUUGAGAAACAUUUUGAAGCAUUGAGGCAUUUUUUGUUAAUGGAAGAUGGAGAAUUUGCUCAAUCGCUCAGCGAUUUGCUUUUUGAAAAGCUGGGAUCAGGACAGACACCUGGUGAACUUCUGAAUCCAUUAGUCCUCAAUUCCAUCUUGAAUAAGGCACUUCAGUACAGUCUUCAUGGAGACAGUCACUUGGCUUCUAACCUCUCUUUUGCACUGAAAUACCUCCCAGACAUGUUCAAACCCAAUGCUCCUGAUGCCCUAACCUGUUUGGAACUACGAUACAAGGUUGACUGGCCCUUAAAUAUUGUAAUUACUGAAAACUGUAUGAAUAAAUAUAACAAGAUAUUCUCCUUCCUGCUACAGCUGAAACAUAUGGUAUGGACUCUUAAAGAUGUCUGGUUCCACUUAAAGCGAACUGCAUUAGUAAAACAUGCAUCGAACUCCGUCCAGUUUCGACAACUGCAGCUUUAUAAGCAUGAAAUGCAGCAUUUCGUUAAAGUUAUUCAAGGUUAUAUUGCCAAUCAGAUUUUGCAUGUCACUUGGUGUGAAUUUGGGAAUAAAUUGUCUUCUGUGGGGAAUUUGGAAGAAAUUUACAGAACACAUGCAGACUAUCUCAACAAAGCAAUCUUUCGGGGAUUAUUGACGGAAAAGGCAGCCCCUGUGAUGAAUAUAAUUCACAGCAUCUUUAGCCUCAUUUUAAAGUUCCGUAGCCAGUUAAUCUCUCAGUCAUGGAAUUUUGAUAGCAGCAAACAUGUGGCUGUUCACCCUAACUUUGGAUUAAUGCAGCAGUCCUAUAACACAUUCAAAUAUUACUCUCAUUUUCUGUUCAACGUAGUAACAAAGCUUAUCAACAGAGGAUACCAGCCUCACCUGGAAGAUUUCUUACUACGAAUUAACUUCAACAACUAUUACAAAGAUAAUUGAGCCUUUAGAAUAGACUAACUGCUCUGUAUAUUAUAAAGGAACCCAGGCCAUUUGAAAGCCGCUGACCUCAGAAGCUUUGAAGAGUUUCCACUGAAUGAAAACAGUGACAGAGUAGAAUGGUUCCAUUGAUUCAGCAAGAUGCUCCAUUUUCUUCACAUAGCAUGGCAUUGGUUCAUACUGUCUUCUCACGGAAGCAUGUUUCCCAUGUUGGUGUGAUAUAUCAAAGUGUGCAUAAAUGUAAAUUUGUUAAUGUGUAAAUUCUUCCUUUAGCAUUGUAAAAGCUGCUCAUGUAAAUGUGUAAUAAAGAGCAAAGCAUAAA